GAUCGAGACAUCCGGCGUCGGAGGAACGCGCGAUCGCGGGCGGUGAGGACUAGUUAGCUCACACACCUGAGCUCGCCUUUUAAAGGCGUCAGACGGAAGCGUGGUGGAAAAGCGCACACGCCAGGAUAAACGCGCCUUUCGCUCGCGGUCGCGGGGCGAACCCGUCGACCAUUCCCAGCGUCGACUCUGGCCGCGAGACGGACGAGAGAGCAGCGGGGCCCGCGAUCGCGUUGCUCCGAGACGUCGGACGUCGUCGAUCGCGUCUCGAGUUUCGCGGACACCGCGCCGGGAUCGUCGCGAGUCGCGAGUGCUCCUUGAGCCAGUGCGGUAACGACUUAGGCUCCAAGGAGGAAGAGGAAGAACGAGAGAGGAGGAGAGAAACGCGGGAUGGACCGAAGGUGGCGAAUAUUCGCGUGACCGAGCGCGAUCGAUAUGUCGCGGCGAUCCAAGCACGCCACGUUCGGCCAGCGCGUCGCCACGAGGAGAGGAAUCACCCGGGGAUAAGGAUCUCGGCACGGGGGAACGUCAUCUCCCGCGGCAGACGGCCAAGAUGAGCUAAACGGGAGUUAUUGAUUACGUACUUAUCUUUGACAUUCCCUGUGCACGAGUCGACUGAUACAGACUCCAAAAUGCAUACCUCGAGAUAUGUCGGAUAUCACAUUAACCCAAAUCGUGAUUAUAUUACGGACGGCGAAGAGAGCCAUAGAGCUCCUUCGGAUCGCACCGUAUCCGAGUAUAUCGUUGCUAACGAGCGUACCACCAUGGUGAAACCUACGAGAAAGAAUCACGCGGACAAAUAUGAUAGAGAAGAAGACAGGAGAUCCAGAAGCGCACAUAAUACUCGUGACUCGGUACUAUCUGGAUCUUCGAAACAAAGUAUGCAUGCGCUUCGCAAAAGUGCUUCGCACGGCAGCAUUUGUGACAAUGGUUCAGAUAUAUAUGUCACCAGCGCUGCAUAUAGAGCCACUUCCGACAUAAGUCGGAUAUCGCGCCACAGCCUCGCACCAAGCUCGAGAUUGGACCACAGAGCGCCUAGUCAUUAUAGCUACGGUUCCGGCAGGUCAGGCACUUCGACAGUGAAAACUCGUACGUCACGAAAAGGCGGGAUAAUUGUGGAAACAAUGUCAACGCCUAAUCCGUUCUGUCCAAAUACCAAGGGCGUCUGUUGCCUCAUGUUACUUCUUAAUCUUGGCUUGAUUCUAGUUACUCUAGGCUUCGUUAUUGUCAUACAAUUCUUCCAGCCGUUAGUUGUUUGGAUUUUGGGAAUAGUAUUUCUUGUGUUCGGAUUUUUGACAUUGAUCGGUAGCCUUGUAUAUUGCGUACAUGUGUUCAAAAAUGCCAAACAUCCACACGACAUCAAUCCAGAGGAUCUAUACUGGACUCAUUAUUGGCAAGGUCGUGUUGGUUCUACAGCACCUGAAGUUUAUUAUAAACCGGAAGACAAGUAUCAAGAUGACUACAGUGACCGAUAUAGCAAAUAUUCGGGAAAGUAUUAUGACAGACAAAAUCAGAGAUAUUGAUUGAAAAAUGAUGUUAACCAUUAAUUAAAAUCAUUCCGCCAACUCUUACAUUAUAAGAGAUUUAAAAACCAAUGACGAACAAAAAACUAAUCUCAGUGCAAUAAAAUAUAGUACUUAUGUGUAA